AUGCCUGAUUGGACGUGGCUGUUGAUAGCGGCGGCAUUAGGGGCUGUAUCGGCCCUAUCGUUGCCGCUGGUACUCAUAAUGUACUACCUUCGAUCCUUUGAGAAGAAACCACAGAUUCAAGAGGAAAGCUUACCUAUCACCUUGCCACAGGAGAUACUCAACGAGCUUACCCGUGGAGCGGGCAGCACACCGGAGGGGGCGCUCAAUGCAAUGUUGCAAUUCAUCUUCCAACAGAGUACAGCUGACACACGUUGGUUACGCAGACGCAUGGCCACGGAACUCGCCGAACUCCUGGCAAAGACAUCGUCUGGAAAGAUAUUUGAAUCGUUGACGCUUCGUUCCUUAGAAGUGGGUACGGAGUUUCCGAGUAUCACAAAUCUUCAGCUGCUGACGGGCGAGUUAGAAGAUGAUGGAGCGAGGCUCAGGUCUUUAGAUCUGAAAUUCGAUUUGGCGUAUGAUGGCAGCUUCAGGAUUGAUGUGGAUGCAGUCAUGUUGCUGGGGAAAAUAGCAAACAUAUCUAUAACUGUGGAAAGUAUAAGUGGCAAUGUACGAGUUAUGUUUCGUCGGACACCUUAUACUCACUGGGCAAUCGCCUUUGAGUCACCACCGAAACUGGAGCUCCGCGUGCGUGGACGGUUCCAGGGGAGGCAGAUCAAGCCUAGAUUAGCUUCUUUAGUCGCAGCACACAUUAGAAGAGCAGUCGCGCAAAGGCAUACAUUGCCAAAUUAUAAAAUACGUUACAAGCCCUUCUUCCCGAAGUCCGACCCUGGAAGCACCGAAGGUGAAGAUGGGCCGACUCCCAAUGGAAGACUCACGGUACGACUUUUGGAAGUCACCAGACUGCAGUGGUCAGGCGGGCCGGUAACUGUACGGGCCGCCUUAGCAGUUGAUUCACAUGGCUGGGUGUCACUACGCCGUGGUGUCUUAGUACUGGAUGUGGUGUUGCCAGCAGUCACGGGGCCGUUAGGACUCGUGUGUUGUCAGGGCGUCGGUGCAGUACUGGUAGACACUGUGGUGCCUAUGUCACCUGCAUAUCGCGCAGACUUAAGAAGAGAUGACGUUGUGCUCGCUAUUGAUAACAAACCUGUUAACAAUGUUGCGCAGGUCGGGAAAUUACUCCGCCUCGUUGAACGCCGCGCAGUCACGGUUCGUGUGCGUCGAGGUGGUGCUGGUGCGGCUGCUCGUAGAGAUGACUCCAACGAGCCGAAGAGAAUAAAGCCGAACUUCUCCUUCCGAAGAGUCUCCGAAGUAAUGGAGGGAGUCCGACUACAAGGCAUACGAGCAGCAGCAUCCAAAUCCAACUUACAGGACCCAGAAUUCAGUCCAGCUAAAACAGUUGAACCUCAAAAUGAGAACGAUGCACAAGCUAAACAAAAAAUAGAACAAGCGCGACAAACAAAACCUACCGAACAGUUACCAUCUGGUAACUUUGGACUACGAAAGCGUCGGUGCUCAGUCGAAAAUAAGUCUUCCGACAGCUCAGCAGGGAGCACGCCACCAGCAUCUGGAGCCAGCACGCCCCUCAGACAAGCGAACGCAGCAAACAAGACGGCAAAACACCCUGAUAUUCCAAUUAUAAAAACAGAUUCCUCAGAAUGCAGAAUACUUGAAAAGGAACCUGUUGAAGAAGAAGAACAACUAUUUGAAACUGGAGGUCCCAGACAAACGGAACAUGUUGAGAUUUGUCAAAUGUUCUGGACUAAAAAUACGUACUUAAAGCCUAUCAUACCGUUUGAUGAAGAAACCGAAUUUAAAUUAAAUGAGAAUCACAAAUAUUUGAAUUUAAAUGUUUGGGCCACAGGAGCAGGAGAAAAGGAAGAAGUUCUCUUAGGAUACUUGAAUAUACCAUUAACUGCUUUACUGGCUGAAUGCCAGGACUCCACAGUUCCACAUCACAUGAAGAGGUACCAAUUUUUGCCGCCAGAUGUCGAUAUCAAGUUUAGCAAAAGUCAUAAGCUAUCAUCUCAUGCGGGUUUCGAGCCUUGUCUCUGCUUCGGCGAUGCACUUGUGUGGUGGGAGUGGGAAGGACAAGGAACUGUCCGGACGGCUUCCAGAACAUCCCGAGACCCCGUGCUACCGAAGCCACCGAAACCAUCCAGAGCAACCCAUGACUUCGUUCGAACUCACUUCCAUAGGUCAACGCAGUGCGAUUUCUGUAAUAAAAAGAUCUGGCUGAAAGACGCGAUGCAGUGCCGGAGCUGCGGUCUGUCGUGCCACAAAAAAUGCGUCACCAAAUGCCAGGAGUCUUCGCCCUGCGUUCCCAAACACGACCGAGAACCAUCGAGCUCACUCAACUGUUCACCUCCGGAGUUGAUCAUGACAGAAGCCGAAUCUAACGUCGACCAAGAUUCCGAUGAUGAACAUGACCGGAAAGAUUCUCUCGAUGUUCACGAAGAGGGGGGUGGUGCAAUGAGCGCGCUGGUAGCUGGUCUUCGGCGCGCCGGCUCCGCUCAUUCCCUGUCAGCGCCUAAAACCAACGCCUCAUCAAGAUCCCUACCACCCUCACCUAGUCAUACACCCAGGAAGCAGUCGCUGGAGGAGUGCAACCCGUUCGGCGUUUGCGGCGUGACGUGGCUGGCGAAGGGCGACGUGAGCGCUAUGCUGGCACCAGCGCUGCACAGCGCGCUACCUCCGGACGCGCUACUCGCGGCCGCACGGGACUCCGCGCCUGAACUUGCAGCUAAGCUGACAGCCCAGCAAAUACAUGAAAUGCUUCAAGCCGUUCGCGAGGAGUUAUCAGCGGAAGAUGCGAGUAACGACGCGGGCGGAGGGGAAGGACGUGCUUACGCACUCACGGCGCUUAUGCUGCACUGCUGUGCGGCUGCGCAGCUCGCUCAGCAACGCGCAGAUCCAGCACCCUCUUGA